AUGAGACCCCCCAGCUGUGACCCCGCCUCGAUCCGAUCGAUUGACGCAUUCCAUAUCACCCCCGGCCAAGAAAGAGUGAUAUUCAGAUGUACCGACGACAAAGGUCCACAGGCGAUAAUCAGCGAGUUCCAUCUACAGAGGAAAAGACCCCAACUUGUACAAGGCUUUUGGAGGAAGCAAGCCAACCUCCUCCCUGCCGACCGCAACGACGAAAGAGGCGAUCGACAUCGUGUAACUGGGCUCGCCUCCUGGCAUGUAUUACGUGUCCAUGACUAUAGGUCUCCCGGGCCCAAUGAACACGAAUUGCUUGUCCAGUGGUGCGGGUAUACAAAAGACCAGGCUACAUGGGAGCCGUACGCUAAAGUCUGGGAGUCCAGAUUUGAAAUCGUGGAGGAGUAUUUCGAGAAGCAGGGGCGGGAGCUACCUGUCGCUAUUGAUAGGCACGAAUCUGAUACGAGUGAUGACGAGGAAGCUGAUCAGGUCAAGGAGGAACCUCGAGAAAUCGGGAUUAAGGAGGAGAAUGAUGACUGA